GUGAAAUGUUAAGCUGUCCAGUUCGGCUACUGAGUUCUGUUACGUAACGUAUGACGUUCACAUAUUUUUACAUAUUAAAUUUUUCUAUUGCAAAUUUUAUUCUUAAUGUAUCUUUUUCUUUUUAAAUUUAAUGCAACGUAGCUAGAAAUUUGUUACUGGGCACGAUUGCCAAAUCAUAUACGAAACGAUGUAAAUUUAGUGUAUAUGUAGUUCUAAAUAAUAAAACAACUUAGAAACUACCUAUCGAUAAAAGUUUUUUUGAUCGUAUCUGUAUAUAAUUUAAGGACGAAUAAAUCGUGGAAUCUCUUUACUUUCCAUUUCGAUCGCGCGGCCUCCCCGCGCCGACGGAACGCGAGCGCCACUUCGGCGGGUUCACUGUUGCUACUACUUUUAAUACUGUAAAAAUUAUUAAUGACAUGUUGUAAUAAGUAUAUAACGAUAGCCAUAAAAUUAUUUGUUUUAUAUAACGUAAGCCUGUAAAUACUAUGAUUAUACAUUAAGUUUUAUACUCGAUCGUUUUGUUUAUUGUCCGCCCCCUGGGAAACCGCCGGAGAAAUCUACGGGUUUCUUGCGGCGAGGUUCCGACCCGCGGCUUUCAUCGAAACAGCCGCCUGCGACCCCGGAGAAAGUCCGCGGCGCGCCAUUCUGCCGCCGCCGGCCGAGCGCGCCACACCGCGCCAUGUAUCGCGACUCUGCGGAGCCUCCCUUAGUGCAGUGAUAACGGCUAACUCGAAAUACGAGUUCAGUGCAACGACCGCCGGACAGGAUUGACAUGACGUUCUCCGGGAUGAAGGAGAAAACGCACAAAGACACCUGGGAGUCGGAGCUCGGUUACGGUUGGUCGAAGAGCGGUCAGAGGCGAUGUCGGUCACACCGGCCGCCCGAGUCCACCCUGUCGGUCAGCAGCGACAUCCGCUUCACGCGCCGCAAGCUCAGCCGGCCCUGCCGCGGCUGCUGCGCGGCGCUCGCGGCGCUGCUCGUGCUGCUGCUGCUGGCCGCUGUCGCCGUCUACCUCGGCCACAUGUACCUAUUCGGGGACCCCCUGAAUCGACAGACGUUUAGGGGGUCGUUCAUCGCCGGAGCCUGGGCGGAGAUCCCCACUGGGGGGAACAUUACUCGAGAGGGGGACAUGCAGAAGGCCAUAUUCAAUGCAUACAGGAACUCCGAGCUGAGGUCCUGCUUCGUCUCGGCUGAUGCUCUGGCUUUAGAUAGCGUGGAGCAGGGCACCCGGGUACACUUCGAGGUGUCGUUCGAGCCCAUCUUCACGGCGGUGAGCACGGCGGAGGUGACCGCGGUGCUGGCGCGGGAGAUCCUCGCGCCGCCCUUCUCAGACAUCGGAGCCCUGCCUCAUACCCUGUAUAUAGAGGAAGUUUCCAUGAUAACAUCUCAAGCUUUGAAGGAGAGCGACGCUGUAACGGAAGUCCCAACCACCGAGAGUGUUACCGUGGAAGUGGUGGAGGAGAUUCGAGAAUGUUCGCCGCUGACUCUACCGCUGUGUUCGCGACUACCCUACAACACCACCACUUAUCCCAACUUGGUCGGCCAUUCGUCCCAAGACGCGAUUCUGAAGGACUUGGUCGCGUUUAGAGAGCUACUAGAUGCUGAAUGUUCGGAUCUUGCUCAAGACUUCGUAUGUCAGAUGCUCCAGCCGCGCUGCGACAGCGACCGUUUGGUGUCGCCGUGUCGCUCGUAUUGCCGCGCGUUCCACGCCGGCUGCGGCUCGCGCUUGCCCGAGCGCCUGCGCCCGCACUUCGAUUGCGCGCGCUUCCCGGAAUACUUCGGCCCGGGAUCCUGUGCCACUGAACCAGAUUGCCUGGGAGGUCUCCAGCGUCUAGCUCUAUCGCGGCGCGCGUGCGACGGCGUGCCCGACUGCGCGGACGCGGGCGACGAGCGCGCAUGCGCACACUGCGCGGGCGGCGGCGUGCGAUGCGCGCUGCACACGCGCUGCAUCCCAGAACGCAGCCGCUGCGACGGUACCCCGGACUGUCCUGAUGGCAGUGACGAGACUAGCUGCUUGUGGGUGACGCGGUCGUUGGCUUCUUGGAAGCGCGAGAGCGGCGAGUCGACACUCGGCGCGGUCCGCAGCCGCAGCGGUUACGCGGUGUGGGCGGAGCGCGGUCGUGCUGGUAAAAUCUGCGCCGAGCCUUAUGAGAACGACAAGAGAGCUCUCAUGAACGUCGCCACCUCACUUUGCACCGCAAUGUCUUACAAAUCAGCGAUAUCGGCAGAAGCUGUUAUAGACGGAGAAGCGCCCGACUUAGACGAGGACACAACAGAAGACCCGUUCCAGCUGACAAGAUUUGCAAAGGACGCCCCAGAAUAUGUCAAAAUAGUGGAUCCCUCAGCGGCUGAAAUUUCCUUCACAAAAACUGAAUGUCCGCAACGAAAAGUUAUAAAAGUUGUUUGCGAUCAACUUGAAUGUGGACUACCGUCAGCGAGAGGAGCGCGUGCAGACAAAGGAGUAGACGGCCUGCUGCGGUCCUCCCAGCCCGGGGACUGGCCCUGGCAUGCGGCGCUCAUGCGCUCACACGUCCACGCCUGCGAUGCGGUCCUGGUACAUCCCUCCUGGCUCAUAACCACGGCCUCUUGUUUCCAAGGUCAACCGAAAGCUGAGUGGACCGCAAGAUUGGGUACAGUGAGGAUACAGAGCACAACUCCGUGGCAACAGGAGCAGCGCAUUAUCGGCAUGGUGCGCUCCCCUGUGGAAGGCAGCAUGAUGGCCUUAGUGAGACUAGAAGAACCAGUGGAAAUAACAGACUUCGUCCGACCCACAUGCCUACCAGAGGAUGGUUUUAAAAUCGAUGAACAGAGUACAUGCAACUCAUUGGGUUGGACGAGAAACAGAGACCAGCUGCAAAGGAUACAUGUUGUGCCAACGUCCAUGAAUACCUGUGAGAACGUCAGCAUUGCCACCGGGAACGGCAUUUGCGCUGAGCCUUUGUAUGAUCAAGACGAUUGUGACGAGGAAGAAUAUGCAGGCAGUUCAAUGAUGUGCUUCAAUGACAAAACAAAACGCUGGUUGGUGUUAGGAGUCAGUGGGUGGAGAAUUGCAUGCUCAAAAAUUGGCUUAGGAAGACCUCGUAUCUACGACUCAGUAGUGUCACAUGUCGAUUGGAUUCACAAAACGAUAUCAAACUCAUCAAGGUGACCAUAAUAAACUGAUAAGACUGUCCUCUUGUCUUAAAAAAUAGAAUGUUAAGUAUUGUAGCAUUAAUGUAUUUCACAUAAAGUUCUUAUUGUUUUGUAAAGUAAUUGUUAUAGAGAAGAAUAGUUUUAUGAACCUAGCUUAUUAUGAAUUGUGUAAGUAAUGUAAAUAUAAUUUUAAGUACAAUACCAAAUAAAUAUUAAAUUAUUAUUGUGAUGGAUCAGAUUUCACUUAGAUUGUUUAAGUGUAAAAUAUGUUCACUACUGUGGAUAAUAGCCCAGUUAACUAACUCAAUAAAUCCAUACCAGUGCAGCAGUGUAAAGA